ACCCGGUGUCUAUGUAAACAUUUACAGAUCGAAAUGAUGAAAAAUUGUGAAAUAUUUUUUCCAAUUAAAUAAGAUUUAUCGUUAACAUUUGGUGUUUAAUUUUAACGAAUUGCAGCAACAAUGGAUGACGAAGUGAAAGAAGUGACCCAGGCAUUGCAGUCAGUGGAAAGACUGAAACUGGAACUGAGGGAAAGAAACACAGAGGCUGGUAAUGAUGUGUUCCAGAAAUGUGUAGAGUCCCUGGAAAAUCUGAAGUUCAUCAAGUCCAGCCUGGAAGGAUCAGAGGUAACGGUAACCACCCCAGAGAUAAGUGAAGAGUUUCUGACAGAGCUGAAACAACAGACUUUGAUGCAUCUCCCAUCCUCAAUGACUGAGGCAGCCAGAGGAAAGAUUCUAGACCUUGUUCAAAAAACUUUUCAAGAAACUGAUGUUGUGGUUGUGUAUGUAUGCCUGCUGACAUGCCCGUGGUACUCGUGCACCCAGCGUGAGCGUGGAGAGCAGGCCAAGUACAAUCAGCUAUUUAUUGUGUACCAAUCCACCAUGGCCAGGGUGGUUUCCCCUCUAAACACAAACACUGUCGACCAAAACAAUGUCAUUGAUAAGGACUGGUUUUAUGCGAGUGAGUUGUUUCACUUUGUCCAGUUUGUAUCUCGAGGUCGGACACGCAAUGUGGAGGCUCUAUAUUGUCCUGAGGGAGCCAUCAUAUACCAGUCUGAAAAUUGGAAACAGCUCAGACAGACACUGGACUGCACCAAGAUUAUGCGUAUGCGGGGUUUCCUGGAGGCUUGCAGGGGCCAGUCUGUGGGUGGCAUCGGGAAAAAGGGCAAGGACGGAAAGUUCCGUCUGAAUGAAGCCUCAACCUUUAGGCAGCUCACAGACUCAUUCAGAUUGAUGCACCAUGGGUACAACAGUGUGAAAGGCCUGCCUCCAUGUACAACAGAGUUCACACAUACUGACCAUCUCCCAGAGGUGGCUCAGAGGGCUGUCACAAUGUUAAACUCUAUGUACCAGAACCCUGACAUAUCCAAAAAGGAUGUGUUUGCUGUUCUUCUGGAGUGGCAGGGGCAGGUGGAUAAGGAGGCUACCAACACCUACUCACCCCCAGAGGAAGUACAGGGCAUUGUGGGUAACUGGCACAAACACAUGAGACUUCAGGGAAAACCAGUCCCCUUGUUGAGAAGUCUGUCAGAUGACCACACAGAGUUGCUGUCCCUGAUGUCCGAGAUUGGUGGGCCGGUCAGCAAACUUGACCCUAGUCAGAUUGUAUUGAUCACUCAGGCUGGUAGCUACAUGUACAACCUGAACACUGCCACCAGUGAUGUUGAUUUCCUCGUUAUUUAUGCUGAAAACACAGAGAAAUACCUGACAGCAUGUAAAAGGUUGCCAGAGAUAUUUGAGAGUCGAGGGAAAAACAAGCAGAUUGAGUAUGGGGCGUAUGAACUGAGAUGCUUUGCUGAGAUGGUGCACAAGGGAAGUGUGGUCAUCCUGGAGUUACUGUAUGGGGAUAACCAUAACUACAUGAGCCCUGCCUGGAAAGCCCUGUGUCGUCAUAGAGAGGGUUUUGUAACGGAGAACGCCAUCUCACAGUACAUGGGGCUCAUUAAGAACAACCUGCGUAUGAUUGACAUAGGAAAACAUAAGGACAACAGCCAGGAACGGAAACUCUUCUACCAGAUUUACCACAAGUUGUACAGCCUGGAGUACAUGAUAGAGGGUGCCCCACCCCCUGUAAGGUGUACAGGACCUGUGAGGGACUUCAUCAUGAGAGUCAGGACUGCACCUCUAGAGGGUGACCUUUCCCGAGAAGAGCUACACAGCGACUGCAGAAAGAAAGUGGCCAAGUUUCGAAACACACUGGCCAGUCGGACAACUCGCCUCCACGAGAACUGUGACUUUAACCUACUAGUUGACUGGAUAUUGACUGUUAGAGGACUUAGUCAUUCUUGAUAUAUUCAUACUAUAGUAUUUUUAUACUUUUAUAGUGAUCCAAAUAAUCCAAAACAACAUCACUAUUAGUCUCAAUGGCUUGAUGGAGAAUUUUGGAGCUUUGAUUGUCAUAGGUACAUACACAAUAUCUGUAGUCAUGUACAUGUUAAAUCACUGUUGAUUGAAGUGUAAGAACCAUUUCAAAUUUUGUAUAAUAACACAACAAAACUUACAAAAUUGGGGCAAAUUGCCAAGUAUAAUGAACAUUGCCUUUGAAUGCAUGUCAUCACCUUCCAAAGAAGUUAAUAUUGUUAUGUUGAAUUCUUUUGAUAAGGAGUGCAAUAUAGUUAAAUAUUUUGAAUGAAUGCAUAUGACUUUAAUUAUCUACAAUGUUUAAGGAUAGAUUAUAUAUGUAUAUACAAAUAUUGUUAUUCCAAACGUCUAUUAUGUUUUGGUAUUUUAAACCAUCAAUUUGUCAUUUUUUUAAUUGUACUUGAUGUUUACAUAAUUUUUGUGAUAUUUUUACAGUCAAGAUAAAAAAAAUCCUUGUUUUUUAGUAGUUGUUUUGAAGCAAUUAUUUCUCUGAACAUAGAUUAAUUUUUUGAAUUUAUAAUUUGAUUUUAUAAUCAUUUUUUAUAUCUCAGGUAAUAAAAGAUA